AUGUUCAAAUUAUAUAUUUUCUCGCGACAUAGCAGGAGUGAGGGAGACCUCGUCACCUUCAGGAAUUUCGUGAAACUCAUCGUCGCUCAGGAUGACCUUGAGGCGAUGAUCAUGGACCCUCAUUGGCGCUCCAUUCAUGAGACGUGCAACCCGUGCACUAUCCCUUACGACUUCAUUGGCCAGUUCGAGCGCCUCCCCGAGGACGAGCCCUUCCUCCUGCGCUGGCUGGGCGCCGACCGCGCUCUCUCCCGCCUCCCCGCCGACAAGCUCCGCAACGGCGCGGCACACGUCACCCGCCGCUACUUCUCCGAACUUGACGCUGCGCUCAAGCUCUCUUUCUUUGCAAAAUAUUUUCUCGAUUAUGUUAGUUUUGAUUAUGAAUUUUGGUAGUUUUAUAUGUAUGUUUCUUUUAUGACUAAUUAUGACUAAUUAAGAAUAUAAGGAGUUUUUCUAUGGUUUUAUUUACUUAUUAAUUAUUUUUAUUUUUCAUUUUAUUUUAUUUAUGUAUAUAUCUUUAUUUUCUUAUUUAUUUAUUAUUAUUUUUUUAAUGUCCUUAUU